AUGGCAUCAGCAUCAUUCCGAGACCAGAUGAAUGCCCUAGGCUGGUCCAGGCGCGGGCAGGAUGAGCCCGUGAACACAUCCCAGCAGAGCGGGCUGCUAUCGUCGAUCAAGUCGUUGAAUCCAUUUGGCGACCGUGGCUACGUACGCCUUCCUACGACGGAGGGCGCCGGCGCUCCACUCCCGGCAGCCUCGCGGCGAGAGGAGGAGGAAACUUGGUUUGCAUACGGCAGCCGGCCCUACGAGGGCGCUGCUCGAAGCGCCGUGUCUCACUACCGACGGAACAAGAAUGUCUAUCCUUACCGCGGGCUUGCAUCCGUCACAACACAGAGAGGCUGA